CACACAGUAGGCGCCUCGCCCGCCCGCGCCGCCGCCCCCCCCCCCCGCUCCAGGAAGUGCGGGGGCUCCGGCGCCGGCCGCCGCGAUGCAUUCUGGGCCAGCAGCAGCACCAGAGCGAAGAUGGCGGCCAGCAGGAGGCUGAUGAAGGAGCUUGAAGAAAUCCGCAAAUGUGGGAUGAAAAACUUCCGUAACAUCCAGGUUGAUGAAGCUAAUUUAUUGACUUGGCAAGGGCUUAUUGUUCCUGACAACCCUCCGUAUGAUAAAGGGGCCUUCAGAAUUGAAAUCAACUUUCCAGCAGAGUACCCAUUCAAACCACCGAAGAUCACAUUUAAAACGAAGAUCUAUCACCCGAACAUUGACGAAAAGGGGCAGGUCUGUCUGCCAGUAAUUAGUGCUGAAAACUGGAAGCCAGCAACCAAGACUGACCAAGUCAUCCAGUCCCUCAUAGCACUGGUGAACGACCCCCAGCCCGAGCACCCGCUCCGGGCUGACCUAGCUGAAGAAUACUCUAAGGACCGUAAAAAAUUCUGUAAGAACGCUGAAGAGUUUACAAAGAAAUAUGGGGAAAAGCGACCUGUGGACUAAAAUCUGCCGCGAUUGAUUCCAGCAAGUGUGAGCAGAGACGCCGAGCAGUGCAUUCAGACACCCCACGAAGCAGGACUCUAUGGAAAAUUGACAUGUGCCACCGCCUGGCGUCUGCUUGUGGCAGUUACUAACUUUCUACAGUUUUCUUAAUCAAAAGUGGUCUAGGUAACCUGUAAAGAAAGGAUUAAAAAUUUAAGAUGUUCUAGUUCUGCUUUCUUUGUUUUAAAAAUCACUGCUUCAGUCUACUUUAAAAGAAUGGUGUUUCUUUUGCUGUCCAAAUUUAUCCAAAAUCUUCAAUUUACAUUUAGCCCAUAAGGUUAAAAAAAAGUUGUGGUUCCCCUCUUCCCCUGCCCUUGCAACUCCCACUUUCUUGCAUUUAGUUUGUUUUUCACUCACUUCCCCAAACCCAGGCCCCGCCUCCCGAUGGGAGGGGCAGUGGAGGCCUCUUCAGCUCCUCUGCUCCCUUCCUUGGCGCGCGGCCUGGUGUGGGAGUCGGUUAAGAUUCUCUUGACUCUGAUUUAUAAUAUCCUUUUAAAAAAAUUAAAAAACAAGCAAACAACCAUCUCCACUCCCACCCCCUCCCAAAAACAAAGCUGUGGAAAGGGAGGCCUAGCUCUGCUGUAAAACUCUGGCUAAUGUUACCCCAGUAAUGCUGACCAGAUUGGCAGACCCUGCUGUCCGUGUCAUGAUGAACUCCACCUGGACCGGCCUGCUUAGGGAGACCCCCCCAGCACCAGGUCUGCGGCAGCCCCCAGGGGUAUGCCAGCCAGAGCACGGUGCACUUGCGGGAGGAAUUUUUCACCAGAGAGGCUCCCGAGGCCACAGGUUGCCACUCCUCCCUGCAGCUGUUCUAGAAGAUGUCCAGGUCCCUGCGGACAGUGCUAAAGCCAGAGUGUCUACUUGAAAUUCCACGCUCACCUGUCACCGACGUGUCCACCCGACGUAGCUCAGAGCUCACCCUCUGCAUCCUCAGUGCAGCAGCCCCACCGCGGCCCUUCCUCAGCACGUUUGACCCUCUGGCAGACUCCUCUGUCACUGGCACCAGCCUGGGGUCGCCGGCGCCCCACUGGCCCUUCCUCUGGAGCAUCCAGCCGGCCCAGCCCAGGAACAGGACGGCCUCCCCCUUCCUCUGGACUCAUGGCCUUCGCGGAGUCAGGCUCCACGUGAAGCUCACUCAGUAAUAUCCUUUACAUGUUUUAUAUUGUUUUGACUGCCUUUUUUUGUAGAAAUAAAAAUUGACCUUAGAAUUUAUCAUCAGAUGAACUUGUAAGGAUUUGAAUGUUAAUGUCUUUUCAAAGCAAGUGGGACUGUCCCUGAAAUAGUAGAGUCCUUGUCACUGACACCCAGGGGAAGCCAGUGGUCCAAGCACUGUGUGUCACCACCUCCACUUCUGCCACUGGUGGCUUCCCUUCUGGGCGCUCCAGGGGCUAGAUCCUGUGGAGAAGAUGACUUAAACUUGGCUCUCUGUUUUAAUUUUAGUUCUAUAACUUGAGGUCUUUCCAGGCUUGCAGACCUGAGGUGGCUUGUGUGCAGAGGUGGGGUGAUGGUGGGUGAGGCCGCAUACGUGCAGCCUGCGGCGGGUCUCAUGAACGCAACUUCUUUAGUCCCAGGUACGCAAGAGGCACGUUCUGGAGCCUCCCGUGCGCCCGGGCUGGUGAGGGCGCCGGCCAGCACAUCCACGUCUGUCUCUUCAUUAGCAGAAAGGUGAUGAUGGACUUUAUUUCACUCACACGCAGAUUUGUAAUAAAAUGCCAAAUUCUGUCAGAAGCUAUCCAGAUAAGCCACCAUUUGUUCUCGUCGCUUCUCUGAAUCCAGAAAUAUUGCCAUUCCUGGGAACUGUCCCAUUGCUUCGUAUUUCUACCAGCGUAGCUCUGCCCGCCCAUCGCCCCUUCCCUUCUCUGCUCACCACCAGGAGGACGUCCACCAUGGUCGAAGCCGGCGGCCCCUCAGGGACUUGCAUCCCCUGGCAUCACAGCCAGGGUUCGCCCAUCAGCAGGGGCCUGGCCUCCGAGAGCGGGGUGGUGGGCGGUCCCUCCCUCCGGCUGGGCUCCUGCUCCACCAGCGGGCACUCCCCGAGCCCUCGGGCAGGCCUGAAGCGUGCCAGCAGGCAGCCUUGCUGCUCUGGGGCAGACAGCUGGAUCCCCCAGAGCAGGGGAGGGCUGUGAUCACCACACCUCCGAUGGGCCCUGUGGGAAUUCACGCUCCUGCCCGGUCCCCCCACCCCUCCCCCUAUGGUGGGGACUAGGCUUUCUAAGAUGCUGCGAUCUACUCUGCUGCCCUUAAUAAAAAUGCUCUCGGACACUC